UCCGGCGCGCCGCGGAGCUCGGGGCCUGUGGGCCGCGCGCGGCGCUUUCGGGGGCCCCGCGCCCGGCGGCGGCCGGGAUGGAGGAGGCCGGGGAGGCCGAGCUGAACUUGUCCCGCUUCAGCGUGCCCCCCGAGACGCUGGAGUCGGAGCUGGAGGCGCGGGCCGAGGAGCGGCGCGGCGCGCGGGAGGCGCUGCUGCGGCUGCUGCUGCCGCACAACCGGCUGGCGUCGCUGCCGCGGGCGCUGGGCGGCGGCUUCCCGCACCUGCAGCUGCUGGACGUGAGCGGCAACGCGCUGACGGCGCUCGGGCCCGAGCUGCUGGCGCUGCGCAGCCUGCGCACGCUGCUGGCCAAGAACAACCGGCUCGGCGGGCCCGGCGCGCUGCCCAAGGGCCUGGCCCAGUCGCCGCUCUGCCGCAGCCUCCAGGUGCUCAACCUCAGCGGGAACUGCUUCCAGGAGGUGCCCGCCUCGCUGCUGGGGCUGCGCGCGCUGCAGACCCUCUGCCUGGGCGGCAACCAGCUGCAGAGCAUCCCGGCCGAGAUCGAGAACUUGCAGAGUUUAGAGUGUUUGUAUCUUGGAGGAAACUUCAUCAAAGAAAUCCCACCAGAAUUAGCAAAUCUGCCUUCUCUAAAGUACUUGGUGUUAUGUGACAACAAAAUCCAAAGUGUGCCUCCUCAGCUUUCACAGUUGCAUUCCCUUCGUUCCCUCAGUCUUCACAAUAACUUGCUGACAUACCUGCCUCGAGAGAUCCUCAACCUUAUUCAUUUGGAAGAAUUGAGUUUGCGAGGAAAUCCAUUGGUUGUUCGUUUUGUUAGAGAUUUAACCUAUGACCCUCCAACUCUCCUGGAAUUAGCUGCACGGACCAUUAAAAUUCGAAAUAUUUCCUACACUCCCUAUGAUCUUCCUGGGAAUCUUCUUAGAUACUUGAGUUUAGCCAGCAAUUGCCCAAAUCCAAAGUGUGGAGGAGUCUACUUUGACUGCUGUGUCCGACAAAUUAAAUUCGUGGACUUCUGUGGGAAGUACCGCCUCCCACUGAUGCACUACUUGUGUUCGCCAGAGUGCUCCUCCCCUUGCAGUUCCGCCUCUCACAGCUCCACAUCCCAGAGUGAGUCUGACUCGGAGGACGAAGCUAGUGUUGCCGCACACAGAAUGCAGAAAGUUCUUCUUGGUUGAAAAGAGUGCAGGGUGGUGUGAAACACUAAAAUACUGAGCAGAGGUGGUUAGAAAAGAAAGUAGACUCUGAAGUUCACAAGAAACCUUACCUUCAUCUUGAAUGUCCGUGAAAGAGUUGGAGAUGAUGUAGAGGAUUCUGUGUUUCGUCUGCCCAUUCGUCGGGAAUGAGUCCAGUUCCAUGUUUGGAUUCUUUGAAUAGAGUUCACUCUGAGUGGCACUUUCAGAUUUGGCUGGUUGUCUGCAAUUUCCACUCAAGUUUUGCAUGAAUCACACAGCAGAAUGGAACGUUCUGAAGAGCAGUGCUGUCAUAAACCAUGAGCAAUGUAACUUGUGACAGUUGAGAUGGAGAAAGACAUGAUCAAUGCUGGAAUUAUUCUCAGAAUUGUCCUUGGGUUUUGGUUGAACACUGUAUCGUGACAGGACUCGCCCUCCUUUCUUGUAUUGCCCAUAUGUCUAGAUGACAGAGCUAUUCAGAUAAGCUCACAGGUGGCUACAUAGGCCCUAAACCUUUCUGACCUACUAACUGGUAAAGUAAGAGAUAUAACUUUUAUGUGGGAUUUUAAAACUCUUCACUUCUGCUCCCUUAUUCCAUAUGAUUGUUGUUACCCUCAUGUAAUCCAGCAAUAACUGUUAUAGUGCCUUAAUCCUAGCAAGGAUUUAGAAAUUUAUUCAAGAAAUGAUGCCAGAGCAGCCUGUAACCUGACAUACUACGCAGAACACUUCAAAAUGUGCUUUAACAGAACUAGGUAAACAACUGUGUAUCUGACAUCUGAGCACAUGGCCACCUUAGCUUCAUUUUUUGUUUAAACAUGAAGUGAUCCCCUAUAAGCAAAUCACUUUUACCCUUAAUGAGAGGCCACAGUCAUGAUCAAUCUGUUCAUCAUAAGACAGAAUAAUAGUUCUUGAUUGAAAAAUUGGUCAGAUUUCUUGUGACAGAAAAGAGGUGUAAGCUUGGAAAGCUUCUUUCUGUCUUGCAUUAAAGGAGUGGGGAAAUGAUUUAAAAAUUUUUAGCAGUCAAAUAUGACUUCUUUGCCUGUAUACUGAACUGUAACUUUCUCUAUAUUUUAAAGAAAAACUAAAAAAACAUUACAACAAGGGAAAUAAAAUUGGGAGCAGCAGUCAUUUGUGUAAAGACUAAAGUAGUCGUUAAAUUGUGUAAAAUAGAACUUUCAAAAGUGGUUUAACCAUAGAAUACUUUUUGAAAAUAAUGUAUCGAUAACAUAAAAAAUUUAUUAAAUGUAUUAUAUCCUUAAAGUCUAGCAGAAAUAUGGUUUCACAGGUUAAUUGCUAUUAGAAAGGACCAAAUUUUCAUUAACUAGUUUAAUAUGCAAUAAAAAUCGAAAAAUAGUACAAUUAUAAGUUGAUAUUAUAAAAGAAAAUAUGCAAUACAUACUAGCGGUCAUUAGAUAACGAACCUAUAACAUGAUAGUUUGUUGGUAAGUGUUACCGUACAGUGAUACGCAGGUCAGAAACUCAUCGGAUCAUCAAAUGACCUCCCUUCUGACUUCCUGGCAUUCAUGACGAGGGCACACCAUUUCUUAAACGCAGAUUGUUGUAUAAUAAUGAUAUGUACAUGUGUUAGGUUUUUGUCAUAUAUAUUAUUUUUUAUUUUAGAAGGAAAUAUACUGUAGGAUAGUUUGGGUUUGUUUAUUAUAUGUCGAUUCAUGAAACAUCAUGAGAGUUUCAUGACUGCAGUUGUGAAACGCUGCUAUUAAGUGAAUCCCUUCUCCUUGUUAAUGUAGUAAGAUUUCCUUUUUCCUUCUGAUUCAGAAAUUUUCUGACUGUCUAUAGAAGUAAUCUAGUAUGUUUCUGCUGCCUAGCAAAGUGGUACGUGGGUGAUUAUAUCAUAAAAUGGAAGUAAUAGAAAGUCUUUUGUUUACAUCUCCAUUUGAGCCACAGCAAUGGCAUACCACAAAAUUAUGAAAGGUAAGGAUGACUUAGGCAGUGCCUAAGUGGCAAACCCAAAAUGUUUUAUAAGUAAGUGACUUAGUUAAGAUACAUAAAAUAUUUUGUAGAAAAUAAAUAAUGUAUUCAUAGUAAAAUACUCAAAUUGAUGGGACCAAAUUUUUCUGGCUUAAAUGCCUCAGUUUACUUCCUGAAUAAUUCAUUACCAGCUUGCCCUAAGUAACAGUGUGGGUAAUCUUCUAAGAGUUAGUCUUUGUAAAAUAAAUGGGGAGGUAUGUAAAUAUCAUACUUAACCUUAUAUACCUCUUUCCAGCUUCCCAGAAAGAAGGUAUACUGAUUGAUCUUUUACAGAUGUGAAGAGGUCCAACCAGAAACAGUUUCUAGCCUUUGCUAUGUAACGUAGAUGUAUACUCUAGUAUACGACAAAAUGGCUUUCAACAAAAUGUUUGUUAUGGUUUUCCAUAUGUAUAUUUGAAAAUCUAAGAUCAGUGUGCAACUGUCUUUGGUGACUUUUACUGAAAUCUACAUUUUAGCUGUUAGUUUUAUCUUUUUUUCUUUUAAUCUUUGACCUAACCUUUUACAAGAGCUGCUAAUAUUUUCUAAGAUUUUCCCUAUUUCUUUUCCCUAACUUCCCUUUUUUUUUUUUGUAAGGAAGAUCAGCCCUGAGCU